CCACGGCUAGUCCCUCUCCUCUUGCACCCGAUACACGCAACUCGCACCCUCUGUUCUCUCUCUUCCUCCGCGUCUGCACAUGUAUGUAGGAUAUAUAUAUCUCUCUCUCUCUUUCUCGCUCGUAGUGUUAGGCGUCCUCGCGUAGAAGCUUUCGCGUCGCGGCCGCCCUCCUCCGCCCCGAUCUCGCCGGACCUCACGAAAGCGAGAGAGGAGAAGAAUCACGCUGCAGAGCAGCACGUGUGCUGCACUCGCGCGGAUCGGCAAGCGCGGUGGUUAUAGUCAAUCGUUCUCUCCACCACCGAGAGCCGCCGCGCCGAUAGUCCAUGCAAAGUUGGUCGUGAUCGAGAGACUGACCGGCGAUCGAGAAACUGACAGCUAUAGGUUCGAUUAGCCGCAAGAGUGAAGGGGGAUACGUGAGAGCGAGCGAACAAUUCCGAUUAGAAUGAUAGAUCGAUCCGCGAAUCGAAUCGGAGUGUUCAAUCCCGCGCGAGUGACCGUAAAGACAGAAUAAAAUUCGCGAAUCGCUCGGAGACUGUGAUUUAUAUAUGCGAGGUGCGACGAAAAGAAGACUAACUAACGGAUUCGCUAGUGGUGCUUUCGCCGAGCAAAGGCAUCGGAGGGAGGACGGACACCGUCGGCCGUCGGCAGCUCUUGUGAACGGAAGUGUUCAAAGGCCCGAAGAUUCUGCCUUCGCAGCAGCUAGGCGCUGCGGUCGCUCCAUGGCCGGGCGCCACCGGCCUCAUAGCCUCAGUCACUGCUGACGACAUGGCACAUAAAGGACACAGCGGGGUAAACCAGCUGGGUGGUGUCUUCGUCGGCGGCCGGCCACUUCCGGAUUCGACGCGGCAGAAGAUCGUCGAGCUCGCGCAUUCGGGCGCCCGACCUUGCGACAUCUCCAGGAUAUUGCAGGUCAGCAACGGCUGCGUCUCGAAAAUCCUCGGCAGUAGGUACUAUGAGACCGGAUCUAUAAGGCCCCGGGCCAUAGGCGGCAGCAAACCGCGCGUAGCAACGGCGGAGGUUGUCAGUAAGAUCUCGCUGUACAAGAGCGAAUGCCCAUCGAUCUUCGCGUGGGAGAUCCGAGAUCGUUUGCUGCAGGAGGGCGUAUGCACGAACGACAACAUCCCCAGCGUAUCCUCGAUCAACAGGGUACUGAGGAAUCUGGCCGCACAAAAGGAGCAGAGGCAGCAGCAGCAACAACAGCAGCAAGGGGUGGGCGCCGUAGGAGUUGGCGUCGGUGCCGGUAGUCCGGCGGAGAGCGUUUACGAUAAACUCAGGCUACUAAACGGGCAGACCACCGGCUGGCCACGUCCCAAUCCCUGGUAUCCGUCGAGCGCGGGAAGCCCAUUUUCGUCGAUACAAUCUAGUUUGAGUCCGAGCCAUUGCACCUCUUUACCACCGGAUCCAGCGGACAUAUUGCACGCGAAGAAAGGUAGUAUUUCGAUGUACUAAACUACUUGCCUAUUA